ACUUUCUUUGGAAAGUUGAAAUGUUCUUUGGGAGUGAUUCCAUUAUUUAUCUGCUAUGAUAAUGGCUGAUAGCUCUCUCAAAAUAGGAGAAACCAAGAAGAUAUGCAUCUUUUCGGUAUUAUUUUGAACCAAGAAAUUCGAAGAUUAUCAAGGCAGAGUAAAAUGGUCACUCCAUGCAAGGGAGGAGAUUGUUUUUGAGCUUCUGAAACAUUUGAGGGGGAAUGUGACAAGAAACUUGCUGGAGGAAAUAAGAAAGAGCACAAGGGAAAUGAUAGAGGAGCAAGAAGUAGUUCGUGGCCGCUUGUUUACAAUCCAAGAUGUUAUGCAGAGCACUGUUCGUGCAUGGUUACAGGACAGAAGCCUUCGAGUAACUCAUAAUCUGACUGUUUUUGGGGGUUGUGGCCUUGUUCUGUCUAUCAUAAUUGGACUGUUUGGAAUCAACAUUGAUGGGAUUCCUGGAGCAGAUAAUACGCCAUACGCAUUUGGCCUGUUUGCAGCCAUCCUCUUCUUGAUAGGAAUAGUGCUGAUCGGUGUCGGGCUGCUCUAUCUCGGUAUUAAACGGCCCGUCACUGAAGAGCAGGUUGAAGUGAGGAAGUUGGAAUUGCAGGAGCUGGUUAAAAUGUUUCAGCACGAGGCAGAGACUCAUGCCCAAGUUCGUAAAAACAUUUCUCGAAGUAAUUUGCCUCCAACCACUGGAGACACAUUCGCUGACGCUGAUUAUGUUCUCAUCCAGUGAAGACAAUAUGAUUAUGAAAGUAAACUUUUCUUUUAACCCAAAAUUGUAGUUCAACUACGUUUAUUUAUAACUGAACGAGGAAAAGUUUCACCACAACAUUAUCAGUUUUUC